AAAUGUUACUGAAAUCUAUUCCCUUGUUCUUCCUAGUUCACUACUCCCUUGCAAAAACUCCAAUUUGCACUAAUGGGUUCACGUUGGUCAACGGCAGAUGUCUCCGCUACUUCCCCAAUGCCAGAAACCACAGAGCUGCCGAGAAUUCUUGCUUCUCAUAUGACGCUACUCUGGUUACUGUGAAAAAUUCUAUUGACAAUCGAGCAGUAUCAACAUUCGUCGGGAAUGCGGCCAGCUCGAUUUGGAUGGGCUUGUUUUGCUUCAAUAUGGAUGUUACCAAUUGCUUGUGGGAUGAUGGGAAUGGCACCGCACAAGGGUAUAAUAACUUUAUGAAUGGUUCUCCGCAAAUCGAGUCUGGAAAGUGCGUGUAUAUAAGUCUCAUGGGGUCCAGCUCUGGAAGAUGGUAUAGUGGAAAUUGCGAUCUUGAUUCGAGGCCAUUUGUCUGCGAACUUCCAAUUACAUUUGAAGACGACUGCUCCAACAACUACAACGGCUUCUGCUACUCCUACAACCCACCAGCCUCCUUUGUGAGAGCUCAGCAAAAUUGUGAGAACCAAUGCGGAAGCAUUGUGUCAAUCCUGUCCCCCAAUGAAAACCGUUAUGUCGGGGCUCUUUUCCCCAGAUACGAGUCUAACGACAUGAUUAUCGGUGCCACCUGGACCACUAAAGACACCUAUUCUUGGUUUGACGGGUCCCCGUGGAACUUUAACCAAAUCAAUCCAGCGUCUCCAAAAAAGAACUGUCUUGCCAUGGUAACUUCCCUCAAUGAUGCAAGUGCAUCAGGAUCUUGGUACCCAAUUGUUUGUUACUCUGCCUAUGGAUACCUUUGCAAGAGACCUGCAGGCGUUCAAUGCCCCCAGUACCCACCGGUUACAGUAACCCCGGCUCCCUCGAAUCCAUCUGGUUGCAAUAGUACAAUUAUGUCCUUCGGAACUAUCACAUCACCAAAUUUUCCGAUGAAUUACAACAAUAUAACAUCGUGCAACUAUCUACUCACUACACUCGGAUCCUACAAUGUCAUGUUAAAGUUCAACAAAUUCUAUACUGAUAUGAAAAACGACUUUGUAACUUUAUACGACGGAGAUUCGACUAAAAGUCCAGUGAUUGCAAAGUACAGUGGAUACUACGAAUGGCCUUUCUUCAACGUGUCGACUGGAAAUUCAAUGCUCGUAACAUUCCGAUCGAAUAGCACUUUUGGUUAUUAUGGUUUCACUGCUAUUGCUUCGUCAUACGUGCAUCAUGACUGAUAAGAUUGUUUGCUUGACAAAUCAUAAAUUAUUUCAUU